GCGGGCUCUCCACGACUCCCCCACCCCUUGCUAUUGGUCCUACUUAGAUCCACGCAGACGUUUGCGGCACAUUGUCUAAAAAAUCCGCAAAGAAAAGAAAAUGGAGGAUGAUCUUGUCCUAUUCCGGAAAACGGAGGGCUAGUAGUCUAUUUAGUCUCUCAGAGAUCGACGGCCAUCUGACUUGACGACACCCCUUGGACUUCUCUGUACCCUACUAGUCUGCUCGGGGCAUUACUGAAAACGGAAAAGAAGACCGUCUUUGAGUCGGGAGAGUAAGUGACGCGUACUGAAACGAAGGACAACAGCUCCGAGACGUGAAACACCGGACUGGAGGACGAGACGGAGCUCUUGAACGGGAGGGAGAAUUUACUGAUCUUCCAGAUUUUGAGGCUCACAAGCAUUUGGAUCCAUCAGACGGGUUCGGUGAAUGCGCAUAUGAAACUGGUGGGGUUCAGUACCUCCAACAAGAGAUCCUUUCAGAUGCAACCCCUUUCUGGAAAAGCCCUAGUCUUUCUACUCUCAAAGAAAGGAAGGGUCCUUACUGUUCCAGAUUCCUAGAGGAUAAUGACUCAUGAAUGGGAUUCAUAUUUUCAAACUGUCACGCCACUGUCAUCAGAGUCAAAGAUGUUGAGGACAUCAGAGCCAGAAGGAAGUCUUGCCCAACAUAUUGAGACCUUUGUGGGGCAACAUGAGUUCUCCAACUCCCUAGCAUCACACGCUGCCUCCGCAACAGACUCUACAUUUGAUACAAACUAUUACUCGACUUCAAGUGUUGGAAAUUCCACCUCUGAUUGUGCUUACGAAAACUACUAUAGAGAAACACCUUGGCAGACUGACGACCAACUCGUGUUUAAGGAUACAUCGUUGAGAUGUGAAGACGCUGAAAUUAAAGAUGUGGCCAUGAAUGGAUUGUCUUCAUCUGGACCCUUGACGUCAUCCUAUUCAGCAGAGUUGCAAAGACUUAGGCCAAACUGUGAACUUCUAGCUUCAUCACUUCUUGAGGAUUUUUCAGAUGUCAGUAGUUGCUCGGACACAGAGGUAAACAAAACAGAGCCUUGUAAAUUCAUUAAUAGUCCAACUCGACAGCCUAGAACAGAUUCUCCGUCAAAACGAAGUCCAUCAGAAUGGCUUUUCAGCCAGCCUGAAAAUGUGACAUUUGCAAACGAGAUUAAAACUAUUUGUCCCAGUUCCCCAAAAUUGAUAGCUUUACAAAAUACACCUGAAUGUUUACAAGGGAUUAACAAAAGUGUGGUAGAAAAUGGUAAUUGUAACACGGUCCAAAAUGAGUCCUCAGCGAUUUCAACCUGCGAAAGGGAUACGAUUGAGAACUGUAAUGACAAAGAUGGACUUCCAACUCAAGGAGAUACAAAUGUGGAGUGCAAUCAAAUUGAGGGAUGCUACUCAGACAUCUCUGUAAGUGACAGUGAAAACAUGACUAGCAUGGAGGAUCAACCAGAUGAUCUGAAGGAACAUACGACCGCAACACCUGAAUGUACAAAAACGUCAAAUGAAAAGAUGGAAGAUAACAACGGACUGGAGAAAGAAAAAGUUGACAUAAAGGAAUCAUGGCCACAGGAGAAUGAAGUCAAUGACAACCCUAAUGUCAUCAGACAGCAAAAAGUAAAUAUGACAUCUGUUGAAGAGGAUUGCAAUGCUGUCCAUCAAUAUCAAGACAAAGAAUUAGCUUCUUUGGGUGAAGAAACAUCAAAAAUACCAGAGCAAGCCAAUAUUGAAUUCUCCACUGUUCAUGAUGAAAGUAUGGAAAUAGACAACCUGCUGCCAGAUAUGGAGAUCAAAUGGCAAGACAUGGAAAUGAAGCCUGGCACCUCCCAAAUCUUAGAUUCCCCUGAGUCACAUUCUAAUAAUGCCAUUUGUGAACCGGUGGAAUGCACAAAUCUGCUGGAGCACAAAUGUCAAGAUAGUGGUUCCUGUUCACCGUUAUCGGAAAAUCAACCUCCUCAAAAUGUGAUUCCGGACAAUAUUUGCAGUCCUGUGAAUGAUGGUCAUUUGAGUUUGUGUAGCAAUUCAGAUACCUCUCCAGAUCCAAAUACCCUAGGAACAGACACCAAUUUGGCAAGCGUGAAUUCCGGAACAAGCAAUAUCACUAUCAAUCCAGAAGUUGAUCAAAUCGCAGACUUGAUACAGAAACCCCGCUCAAGUACCGACACAAAUAUUUGUGACAAAGAAGAAACUGUGUGUUCCCAAGAGGACAAUCGGACAUCCUGUAAAAAUUCAGACGCUACUAACUUGGAUGUGAAAAACGACUUUUCUAAAGACAUAAAACCCUUCUCACAGCAGAACGACUUGAGCAAAGUGUGCUAUUCCAACAAGGAUGACCAUUCUGGAGAAAACAUGCCUCCAUCUUCAAAAAACCCACUUGAAAUUUCAAUGCUCGCAGAACAAGAACAUGGAAGCGCAUCAUUGGAAGAAAUGGACACUUGCCAGGAAGAAAACUUGAUCCUUGGUGAACAGUGUGGAGAACCUCUUGUUAAAAAACCCUCAAGUGAUACUGAAUCAAUGAAAUGUGAAGAAAAAUGUAUUGUCCAACCAAACGCCAAUAGCAUGGAUGAACCAGAAGAACAAGGUACUGCCCUGCUAUCCUCUUUACAAAUGAGGAAACGCUUGCAGCCUGUUGUACUUUUAAAUAAAAUGAAUCCAGCAAUAAGCAAGUCAUACCAGUGCGCACUAUGCCAGCAAAUAACCCUCAACGUUGAUCAUCUAAUUGAACACCACCACCAUCAACAUUCAGAGCAGAUCUUCUAUUUCUGUAAGACAUCCAAUCAAUACUUAACGAGUAAUGAACGGGCAGACAAACAAUUGGGCUGCAAAACCGAAGAACUUCGCCUUCCUUCAGAAUUUACGCAACGGAAAAGAAAAGUUCUCCAUUGCAGAAUCUGCAAAAUCACAUUUUCAAAAUUAAUUCUGUAUGUGAAGCACAUGCGUUGCCACACUGGCAAAACGCCUUACAAGUGUGAUGGAUGCGGCUUAUAUUUUGCACAGUCUUCCAGCUUAAAAACGCAUAAGAGUGUACCUGGUAGAUGCAGGAAAUUCAAACCAGAAAAUCCGGAUGCAAAAUCCAGUGACCCUGAAGUUAUCAAGCGAGGUGAACAGCUGGAAAAUCCCUCUCAAUGGUGUGUGAAUUUGUUUGAUAUCCGCAAAGCUAAUGUCUGUCUCUAUUGCGGCAACCAAUACGCAACUCUGAAGAAAGUCAACAAGCAUAUUUACCGCACGCACAAAGCAAAGCCGAUAGGUGUGUGGCAAAGUCCUACGUCCAUGAAAAUAACUAAAAGGAGAAAGGUGACUCCUUGGAAAAUCCAUCUUGGAAAAACAGAAAAUCUUGAAAAUGAGAUGACAAGUAAACAUAAAUGUCCCCUCUGUUCACGUUUUUUUAUGUACUCCUCCAACAGAGAUAGGCAUUUACGUGACUGUGUCAGAAUAGCUAUUAGUGGUGGCAAGGGAAAAGUUGGUAACAGAUAUAGCUGUCCACUGUGCCACACUACAUUUACUCAGCCAAGUAAUAGAUACAGACAUGUUCACGUCACCUGCUUCAGAAAAACUCUUCAACAAUUAAGAAAGAAGGUAAAAUCGAAGCAAACAGUUGAACCCGACGACAAGAAACAGUUGACGACAAAGGGACAGAAAAAUGUGAGCAUAGAAAACAAAUUGGAACAGUCUUAUAAAUGUGAUGUAUGUUCAGAGGUUUACCAGCAAGUGUCGGAUCUCUACAACCAUGUAAAGAAACAUGAGUCUAAAAUCACCGGCAAAAUGAUCAAGUACGAGACUUCAGUUUUGUCCAGUGAAUCAAAGAUUGCAGCUUUAGUGAAGCCAAAGACAGAGGAACCGGAGGACGAUGGAAAAUCAGACGACAAUGUCAGUGUUUCCCUGAAAAAGACUGAGGAACUGGAGGACAUUGGAAAACCAGCUGACCUCAGCGUUUCCCUGACUUGUUGGUAUUGUGAAAAAACCUGUGAGACACAAGAGUCAUUACAGAAACAUGAGAGAUGUCACAAAGGUGAAAAGCCAUUCUACUGUCUCGACUGUGGAAGACAGUUCAAGAGAAGAGUCUACCUCAUGGGUCACAAAGUUGUCCACCAGAGUGUCCAGUGCACACUUUGCACAAAGACGCUUCCAAAUGCCAGCAAACUUGUCCAGCAUGUCAAGUUGCAUCACAAAGGGGAAAGGUUUCCAUGCCCCAACUGUCCAAGGCAGUUUUGGAAUCCUCCAGAGCUCCUUCAACAUCUCUUUAAUCAUCAAAGGGAUAGGAGGCCACCUCCCUUGAAAAGGGAAACACCCAAGUCCCUCAAAUCCGAUCAAGAGCCAAUUGAACCAAUGGCGCUGCAGUGUUCCCUUUGUAAAGAGGAAUUUGAUGACCCAAGGUCACUAAGGAAACACAGUCUUGAACACAUAUCUUCAUGGUGUCGCUGUCCGUAUUGCAAUCAAAAGUUCAAAACCCAUCGUUCUUUGCUACUUCACAUGUACAGACAUGCAGGGGCUAAACCGUAUUCCUGUGAUCAAUGUCGAAAACCUUUCUAUCACAAACAAAGCCUGGAAAUUCACAACAAAAGUUGUCCCCCCGGUCUGCAGACUCAAAACCAAGAUCAAUCCAGAUCCACGCUGAAAAAAUGUACAAUUUGUUUCCGAGUCUUUAUUAAGAAACAUUGCUUCGUUGCUCACAUGAACGGCCACAAGUUGAAUACUCUGAAAGUCUGCACAAACUGCGGGAUGUACUUUGGUGGGAAUAAAUUAGGUAGUCAUCGGCAAACAUGCCUCCAGAUGUCACAAGCCAACAAUGUCUUAUCUUCUAAUGCCGAUGCCUGUCAAACCACUCCACAGAAAAGUCAGACUGGAACACCAUCCAAGUCCAGUGCGUCUAGGAAUCCCAGUCUGCAGACUCAAAACCAAGAUCAAUCCAGAUCCACGCUGAAAAAAUGUACAAUUUGUUUCCGAAUCUUUCUUAAGAAACAUCGCUUCGUUGCUCACAUGAACGGCCACAAGUUGAAUACUCUGAAAGUCUGCACAAACUGCGGGAUGUACUAUGGUUGGAAUAAAUUAGGUAGUCAUCAGCAAACAUGCCUCCAGAUGUCACAAGCCAACAAUGUCUUAUCUUCAAAUGCCGAUGCCUGUCAAACCAUUCCACAGAAAAGUCAAACUGGAACACUAUCCAAGUCCAGUGCGUCUAGGAAUCGUCCAUUUAAGUGUCCAAACUGUCCAUUGAGAUACAAGUUCAAAUCAAAACUCUUACAGCACAGCGUUUCCCACACUCGUAUACAACCAUAUGCAUGUACACGUUGUGAUGAACGAUUUUCAUCCAACAUAUCGCGGUUGCGACAUGAAGAGAACUGUAAAGUUCCCAAAGAAGAGGAGUCAAACAUUCACGAAGAGACUUCACUAGAAAUAACAGACACCCCUGCUCGUAUGGAGGAAGCACAGAUAGUCCCGAAAAAAGCUGGAGAUGAGUACAAAUGCAAAUUCUGCACAAAGACAUUUGUGAAGCCACGGAGCCUGCGACGUCACAUAUUGACUCAUAAUGAAGUGAAUCCAUAUCGCUGCAAAACCUGCGGAAGCUGCUUUUCAAGAUAUGAUUAUCUUAAGGUCCAUCAUGCUCAUUGUAAAGGAAAACAAUUGCAGUUGCAAAUCUGCAUUCCCAAAAUCGGUUUGGAUGAUGUUGGCAAGGGCUGGAAAAUCAGGGUCGGUGAACCAACGGAACAGCAGAACGGAUUUCAUUGUCAUGUUUGUUCCAAGAGCCUACCAACUCAGUCUGGAUUGUCCCGCCAUGUCACACUAUUCCAUACUGUCAAAUUGCAUAAGUGCCGGCGUUGUGAUUCAGCGUUCACUCAUGAAAAUUCUUUGAGAUACCACAGGAGGCAUAAUAACUGCAAAAAAGUGGUGCAAAACCACGAUUCUACUCCACCACAGGAUAAUCUACCAUCACAAAAUGUUAGCCACCCGCUCAGUGAUGAAAAGUCCACACCCAGGUUCCAGUUGCAUUCGAACUCAAAGCACAAAUACGCUUGCAGUUACUGUCCCGGUACUUUUAAGACCAAGGGGCACUUACAGGUACACAGCCGUUGGCACACCGGCGAGAGACCGUAUGUCUGUGAUUGUGGCCUGCAAUUCAUCAGGAGUGACUACUUAAAACGUCAUCGUCUGAAGUGCACGGUCAAACUUUGUAAAACAUGUGGUGUAGCAUUCCCACAAAAAGAACAGAAGGAUCAUCAAAGAACUUGUACUUCAACAUCAGGACAGUCAACAAAGAGGGAAGAAAUCUCUCAAAGCCCUACGAAAGGCUUUUCAUGUGCAUAUUGUUCUUCACGUUUUUCUUUAUUUUCACAGCUUCAGGAACACUUUUUAAAUGCCCACAAAGUGGAAACCAAGAAUCCACCCGAGUCUACUGCUCCUCUUCAACAUCUCCUAUCAAACCUACCAGCCAUCAAAGACGAAAAGCGCGACAAACAGCCCAACGAAGGUACAAAUUUGACAUGCAAACUAGAUACUGAACUUGUCGGCGAUGCUUCUGAAACAUUCGUCUGCCCAGUCUGCAAUCUGUCCUUUGAAAAUAAAGCUGGACUAAAGGGUCAUUCCCGUGUGCAUUCAAAUACGACCCCUUACAAAUGCAAAAUGUGCAACAAAGGCUUUUGGAAGAAAAAACAUUUUCGCAAUCACACCAGGAAAUGCAGAUUUGGAUAUUCCACUGAAAUUGAUACAGCUCAGAAACUGGAAUCGCCUCUGAAAGCAGACCUUCACGAAACACUCCCCGAAUCUAUUCCCUCGUUCAAAGAUGAUGCAGGGACAGAUACGGGAGUUUUGCAGGGAAAGUUCUCAUGCAAAGAUGAUUUGAAGGAGUCUCUUCAAAACCCUAACAAAGAUCAGGUGCAAAGCAGUGCAGACAAAGAUAAAGUAGCUCAGUACCAAUGUUCCGAGUGCAAUAUGAGCUUCACCGAUGGUCUGAUGCUGAUCAGUCACCUUGAAGAACAUGGGAGAGAAGAACAAGCAAAUAAGAACAUUAGCUGCUGCAAGUGUCGACGUGUUUAUGCCAAUGAAAUCGAUUUUGAAAAACAUAUGAGAGUUCACGGUUUGAUUAAGAAUUUCCUUUGCUCAAUGUGUCCCAAGUCAUUUUACACAUCAACAGAUUUGGAAGUCCACAAAUCGUACCAUGACCCAAACAGACCAUUUCCAUGUAAACUGUGUAAUCACCGCUUUUGGUCCAGGCAGUCUCUUUGCUAUCAUUACAACGAAGAGCAUCCUGACAAUUCAUUUCCCUGUUCUCACUGUAAAAAGACUUAUGCCACCAAAAAGACUCUCCAAAGACACUUCAAAAAAUGGCAUCUCAAAGAACAAAAGAACUCGAGUCUUGAGCAGGAACCCGUUGUGCCCAAUGAACGUGAUGCUGAUAAAAAAAGUAGCAGUGAGGAAAGUGACUCAGACUCUGCGCCUUACUUCCCGUGCCAUGUAUGUGGAAAAACAUUCCCAACUUCAGAAAAUCUGGAAGAUCAUCAAAAAUGUCAUCUGGGUGAAAAACCUCACGAAUGUGCGGAAUGUGGCAAAUGUUUUUUCCAGUCCGCCCAAUUGGAGCAGCACAAACGUAUGCACAAGUCCGAGUUACAGUGUCAGGUUUGCGGAAGAGGAUUUGUGUCCCACUUCCUCUUGCGAAAUCACAAACAUAGUCAUGGCAAGAGUCGUCCACACCGUUGCUCCAGAUGUCAACUCAGUUUCUCGGGAGCUUCCCAGUUAGCAGAACACAUGUCUACGCACCGAGAAGAAAACUUUCCAUGUGACAUAUGCAGCCAAGUGUUCCCCUCCAAGAGUAGUCGAGCUGAGCACAGAAAGGAACACACCAUUUCAACCGAGCGCCCUUCACCUUUGCCUGAAAAGUUGCCUUCGUCCUCGGAAACUUGCCCGCCAAAGUUCAAAACCUUGAAAUACCGUUGUGGUUUAUGUAACGAGCGCUUCAAAAACCCAGAGGACAUCGCAGAGCAUGGUUGCCAGGGAUCCAAAGAACGCCGCUAUUCCUGUCCUGAUUGCGAUAAACAUUUUCCACACUCAUCCCAGCUGAAACAGCAUAGAAUCAUCCAUCAAAAGUCAACGGCUAAUAUCCAAUAUUUAUGUAAUCACUGUAAUACCACAUAUUCCUCCCUUGAGGACUUCCAGAAACAUAUGAAAGUCCAUAAAAAUGAGAUCCCUUUACCUGCAACUGCUAAUCAUUAUAAUGCGAAGAACACCACCGUUCCUGUUCAUACUUCCAAUGCGCUGAAAUGCAAAGUUUGCAGCAUGGCCUUUUGGUCCCAAAAUGACCUUGACAAACAUGUGGAGGAACAUCAUACAUCUCUUUCAGCGUUUCAAUGCAACGGAUGUAAUAAGAGAUUUGGGACAAUUGAUGCUUUUGACCAGCACCCCUGUGCCCGUAAGCAGCAAGAAAGUAACCAUCAGCAGGUUUCGCAGGAGGAAGAAAUUGAUGUCACUGUCGAGGAUUCGCACUAUUGUAGCAAUUGCGCAAUGCAGUUUCCUUCAAAAAGUCUUCUCUUGGAGCAUCAAAACAAAGUGCACUUAAAGGAGAAACAAUUCAAAUGCAAGUAUUGCGCAAAAUAUUUCGCCAACAUCCAUUCCCUUAAAAGGCAUAAGCUCAACGUGCACAAAGAGUCAAAGCAAAGCAAGCUGAAAUGUCCUCACUGCUCUUCUCAAUUCGACAAAGCUCAAGAUCUUUCAUUACACAUGAGAAUGCAUGCUGAACAUCAAGUUGGACAGCACCGCUGUGAUAUGUGCUACAAAUCGUUUACACACGCUUCUCAGCUUUUGCGCCAUCAAGAAAGCCAUGUGGGCCAAAUUGUGUAUGAAUGCACUGAAUGCGAUAAGGCCUUUGCUUUUCCUCAUCUGCUGGAAGAGCAUCAACGGACGCAUGCUGAGCUUACAAAAUAAUACUCAAUGCAUAACAUCUACUCCUUCAAUAACAUCUGAUUGGGCCUUCAAAAAACACCACAUCCUAUUUGGCUCAGGACCUCAGAACUUGUAAAUAAAUAUAUAUUCUACUAUUGGACUUUGUAAAGAUACAAAGGUUCUUGAUGAUUGUUCAUAUACUAGACUGUACACUGAUUCUCUCAUUUUGAACUCUAAAAAUGUAUAUUGUUAAAAAGUGAUUUAGUAUUUUUGAAGUUUCAAAAGCUUUAUUUUCAAGACCUUGGAAUUGUUUUUAGUCUGCUCUGUUGACGACUAGGACGUCGUUGUAUGCCGGGUCAUGUUUUUGUAUAUACUUUUGUGUUUUUGUUUGCUUAAAUUUGAAGAAACUCUCCUUCAUUACACAAAUGGUCCAAAUAAUUUAUGUCCUGAACAUGUUUAUUGGAUUUUGUUUACUGACUCAACAGGACAUUCUAUUUGACUUGUCUAUACCACUUCUAGAGGUGAAAAAUAAAUGUUGAUUUGUCAUGA